CCGCAAAAUCGAUGACCCGGGCAAUUUUGUAGGUUAUGUUAUCUUUUGUUCAUAUUUUUGAGAUUUUAGAAUUUUUUAAAUAAUACUUAACGUAACGCGUUUUUUCUUUUUGCAUGUAAUUUAGCACUAACAAUAAUGUCAGCGGCUGUCAUGGAAUGCCCCGAUUUUAGUGAAUUUCAGGAAACCCUGAAAACAAUGCGAAAGGCAGAUGAUAUUAUAGUGAACACAAUUAAUUCAACAGUUCCUACCACUUCGUUUCAUGCAGAUGAAUCAACUGCCUGCAAGUCAAUUUAUGAGCAAAUUCAAGAGGGACACAUUAAGCGGGAAAACUAUAUCAAAAAUUGCAUUUCUUAUACUAGUAGUAAUGUUCAGAGACUAAAGAAUGAAAGAGAGAAAAAGUCUGAUGAUAUCCAAUUAUCAAAACUUCUUAGGGGUGAACAAACCAAGUUGAGGAUGUUACAAGUUGAACUCUCAGUAGAGGAUUUGAUCAAGGAGAGGUCCCUUAAAGUGUUCAAUGAUAAGUGCAGAAAAUACUUCAAGCCUCCAUCAUGAUACUUAAUAAUCUUUUAGAUUGAGCUGUAGUGAAACAAUAAUGUAUAUGGUAAAAAAGAUUUAUAUAUAUGUUCAAUUUAUAAUAGUGGUUUUAAAAUAAAUUGUUAAAAUGAAUAACAUAUAUGUAUAUGUAUUCUUUAUUGACUGGCAUUUUUGUAAUUAAAUAAACUAGUUUUCUUG